GACAAACUACCAUAAAUAGGAUUACUACUUUAUUGUUUUGAACAUUCCCAUUCCAAUCAGCUGGCUGGGCUCUUCGCAUCGGCGGAAGACAAGCGACUCCGCGCAACAUCAACUCCGACUACCGCCCCGCAUCGCCAGUCCAGCUUUGCAACCAGACCAUCCCAUUCAAAAUGGCCGCCCAAGGACAAAUAAACCCCAAGAAGCAGCAGGAGCUCCAGCUCCAAUACUCGAAUUACAAAAACACACUGCAGCAGUUGGCUUCGAAGAUCGGAGACAUUGAGCAGGAGGCGGAAGAACACAAGCUUGUCAUCGAGACGCUUGACCCGCUCCCUCAAGACCGAAAAUGUUUCCGCAUGGUGAACGGUGUUCUGGUUGAGCGCACAAUCCAGGAUGUUUUGCCCUCUCUGAAGACCAACUCGGAUGGACUGAAGCAGGUGCUCGAGGAGCUGUUGAAGCAGUACAAGACGAAGCAGACAGAGAUGGACACCUGGAAGAAAAAGAACAACAUCCAGGUCGUUCAGCCCUAAGAAGGGGAUCUACGCACCUUGUCUGUCUUCUAUAUCCUAUUGAACAUCGUCCGGACUAUACUUGAGACAGACUGUUUAGAAUUCUUCAACAUAAGCGGCGUUAGAAGGAGUCCGGAGACCGGAUUCAAAAGUUGCUGGGUCGAUUCUUCACCUUGGGGGAUUGGGGGAUAUCGUACAUCAGACGAACAACUUUGUCUGAUAGAACUGUUGAUGAUCUUACCGCCACAUACUAGGCCAUCCGGUAGAUGUGCCGCAAGAAACACUUGGUUAUAUCGAUCUCCUCGUGCUGCCUCAUCUAGCCCGGGCCUAAUAGGAGAAAAUGAGGGAGGAGCUUGAGUUUUCCCUUUCGGAGCAAUUAUAUUUUACCACUAGCUAAUGAAUUCUUUCGAUUCCCUCUUUG